UCCAGAACUUGUUUAUAAUUUGAAACUUGCUGUGUUGGGAAUGUUUUGAUUUCCCUAGUAAUGGAAAAAGACCCAAACCAGAAAAUGGAAUUUAGACUGGAGAUAAUGGGACUUCUUGUUUUGCUGACAGCUGCUUCAUCCGUCGCCCUGAGCAGAGAAGAAUUUACAGAAGCGGUGGUGUAUUUAAGAACGUAUGGCUAUCUGCACAUCCCACUGGACGGUAAAGGCCAUAACCAUCCACCCGAGGAGAUAGUGGAAGCCCUAAGAAUUUUUCAGAAAGUGACAAACCUGCAAAUAUCAGGAAAACUAGAUUCAGCCACAUUGGCGAUGAUGAACAAACCGCGAUGUGGUGUGGAGGACGCCUUUAUUAACAAAUCUCUCAAAUAUCGAGUCCUGGGUUACUGGCGCAAGAAGAUGUUGACCUACCGCAUUUAUAAUUACACCCCUGACUUGGGUCAGGGAAAGACCCGUUUGGCCAUCCAGAAUGCAUUUAAGUACUGGAGUGACGUGUCACCUUUAAGGUUCAAGGAGUUGCAGCAAGGCAGAGCAGACAUCAAAAUCUCCUUUCACAGAAAAGACAAGACGUGUCCAGUGCCUUUUGAUGGGAGAGGUCAUGUUUUAGCCCACGCUGAUGCCCCUGAGUCAGGCAUAGUGCAUUUUGACAACGAUGAAGUGUGGACAGAAGGAAAGACCUACGGCUCCAACCUGAGGAUUGUUGCAGCCCAUGAGAUUGGCCAUGCUCUUGGCCUGGGACACUCUCAGUACCACAGUGCUCUGAUGGGACCUGUGUACAACGGAUACCGCUCCGACUUUAAGCUACAUCCAGAUGACAUACAAGGGAUCCAGGCUUUAUACGGUAAUGUCACACUAGUAUCCCAGUGUCAGGGCCCAGAGAAGACUCCUCCAUCCAGGAAUCCAAGCCAGUUUGUGCCAGAAGGAGUUGUUCCAGAUCCCUGCAAGGCCACUCUAAAUGCAGUGAUGUUGGGUCCUUUGCGUAAGACUUAUGCUUUCAGUGGUCAGUACGUGUGGACGGUGUCCAGCUCUGGCUACAACACUCCCAUCCUGAUCUCUGCACUGUGGAAGGAGCUGCCAGGGAGCCUGAAUGCAGCUGUUCACUCUCAGCGCACUGGCAAGUCAUAUUUUCUGAAAGAAGACAAAGUAUGGAGGUACACUGGCUUCAAACUAGACCAUGGCUUUCCCAAACGCUUGGCCAAUAUUCCUGCUAAUAUUGACUCAGCCUUGUAUUUCAACAAGAACAAAAAACUCAUCUUCUUCAAAGGCUCUGGAUACUGGCAGUGGGAUGAAAUUGGCCCGACAGAUUUCAGUUCAUAUCCCAAACCUAUUGGACAACUCUUCCACGGGUUACCCAGCAAUACUGAUGCUGCAUUAACAUGGACAAACGGACACAUAUAUGUGUUUAAAGGCUCACAGUACUGGCGUGUAAACCAGAACCACCAAGCAGUGGAGAAGGCCUAUCCUCUGAGCACUGCCGCACACUGGAUGCAGUGUGACGACUGAUCCACCAGGGGCCACCAGGGAUUCAACAUAAACCAAAUCCUGCACAAUAAUUCAGUAUAGCAACAGUGAGGGAUGCUUAUUUAUGAAAUUAACAACAGUAUAAAUAUUUGCAUGAUGUGAUGUUUCUUUUUGUGGCAAUACAAUAUUAUUAUUUAAAAAGCUAUUAUCAUACAACAUGCAAUGGAAUACUUGUGAUUCAGUAAGACUGGAUGUUUUUACCCGCUGAUAGUGUAAUAUUCCUGAAACUGCAUAGACAGUAUUCUAUCAACCAGCCCUUGUUCUCAGCAGACAUCAGACAUUUUGACUUUGUAGGUCAUAGUAGGAAAAGCACAGGUGUUACUAACAACAUUAACGAUGGCUCUGUGUGUCCCAGUAAGACGGCAUGCACAAUACCAGGACUCUUAAACUGAAGCAGCUAAAUGGAAUUCAGCCAUCAUUAACUGUAUUAUUUACACCUGUUCAUUUCCUGCUGUGAUGUGUCAAAAGAUCUUCAGUGAAAAAGGCCUAUUGCAAUGUGUGUGUUUUCACUUAUUUGUGGAAAUUAGACAUUCUCUUCUAUACGUUCUAUUUGAUUUCUAUUCCUGUUAAAUCAGGGGUUUAUUAGCUCGUUGUCCAACAUUUCUCAUUUUUCUGAUGUAUAUCUUUAAUUUGCAUGGGAUAUUAUGAAUGUGUUAUUAAUAACGGUAAUACUUUAUAUUGAAAAGAAUUACAACCCAAACUAAUCUAUAAAUAUGGUACAUUGUAUUUAGACAAUAAAAUAUUGUGA